AUGCUUUGUAGUCGUUGUGAUGCUGCCGUGGUGUUGGCCGAGGGCUCGGUUGGCACCGGCUAUUCUGGAGUUAUUCAUAACGGACACGGAGCUUUAACUGGACCCGGAGCAGGGUUGGGACCUGCUGCAUGGAAUCGGUCUUUGGAAAGAGCGUUAGAAGAGGCUGCAGUGACUGGAGUCCUGAACUUGAGCGGCAGGAAACUAAGAGAUUUCCCACGGAGCGCGGCCCGGCAAGACUUGAGCGACACUACGCAAGCAGAUCUUUCACGGAACAGACUCGCAGAAAUUCCAGCUGAAAUCUGUCAUUAUGUCUCCCUGGAGAGCCUGAACCUAUAUCAGAACUGCAUCAGAUAUGUGCCGGAGGCAACAGUGAAUCUGCAGGCACUUACAUUUUUAAAUAUAAGUCGGAACCAGCUAACAUCAUUGCCUGGAUACCUUUGCAACCUCCCUUUGAAAGUUCUUAUUACGAGUAACAACAAGCUUGAUUGUCUGCCAGAGGAGAUUGGCAACCUGCGACUCCUAACUGAAUUGGAUGUAAGUUGUAAUGAAAUCCAAACAAUUCCCACACAAAUUGGCAAAUUAGAAUCCUUACGGGACCUCAACAUCAGGAGAAACCACUUGGUGCAUCUUCCCGAAGAACUUGCAGAACUGCCAUUAGUCCGUUUGGAUUUCUCCUGUAAUAAGGUCACAAGUAUUCCACUGUGUUAUCGAAACCUUCGCCACCUCCAGACUAUCACUCUAGAUAACAACCCCCUGCAAACUCCUCCAGCUCAGAUUUGCAUCAAAGGUAAAUUUCACAUAUUCAAAUACUUAAAUAUUGAAGCCUGCAAGAGUGCACCAGACCUCCCUGAUUAUGAACGGAGACCUCUUGGCUUUAACACAUGUCAUGAUGAUGUGUAUACUGGACGCCCAUAUGGUGCCCUGGACUCUGGCUUUAACAGUGUGGACAGUGGAGACAAAAGGUGGUCAGGAAACGAGACAACAGAAGAGUUCACAGACCUUCAUCUAAGAGGCAUUGAUGUAAAUAGGGAUCACCGGAUUCGUAGAGACCAGCAGCCACAUGAGCUCAGGAGCAGCUUGCUUAUUACUAAUGGUGGAGUGGAACAUGAUUUGGAGCAGAUUGAUUACAUAGAUAGCUAUGGCACAGAAGAGGAAGACGAGGAUUUGAGGCAUUCCAGGGGUGAUAGUCUGAGCUCACAGUUCAUGGCCUAUAUAGAAGAUCGGCGGGUCUCACAUGAGGCUUCUCCUGUAAAACUAACACCUUCAAGGCUGGAAGAGGAGCGGAAACAUUCACAUCAAGCCAGACACAGAGAAGAAUUAAGACGACCUGAAUCUUUAAGUUUACCAUAUGUCAAAGACAGACAACAGUCACCACGCAGGGCUCCACUUGAUGCUUCCUAUUUACUUUCUAUAACUGGCAGUCCCAGUCAGAAAGAUACAGAGCCUUUGCACAGAAGAGACUUGGAGAGUGCCAGGAGGGAGGCUCAGUUGGCUGCUCAGCGUUAUGAAGAGGAAAGAAUGAAAGACAGGCUUUUGAAUUCACCCUCUGUAAGAGACACUGCUAAACACAGAGCACUGAGUCAUGAUAAACAGAACCCACAGGAAAGUGAGAACAUUGAGCUGCGGUUAAAGGUAUCCUUACCCAAUGAUUUGGGAGCUGCCCUUACAGAUGGAGUGGUCUUGUGUCACUUAGCAAAUCAUGUACGACCUAGAUCAGUAUCUAGUAUCCAUGUCCCCUCUCCAGCUGUUCCCAAGCUCACAAUGGCAAAAUGCAGACGGAAUGUGGAGAACUUCUUGGAAGCUUGCAGAAAAAUUGGUGUACCUCAGGACCGUCUUUGUCUGCCUCCACACAUUCUCGAAGAGUCUGGUCUGAUGGAAGUAGCAGGAACAGUUCAGGCCCUGCUGGAUCUAGCACCGCCAAAGCACCUAUCCCCCACAACUGUUUGAAUCCAGUGCUUCUCUAUCCUAUUCACAGCAAGUUCCAUCCCCAGGAUUCACUUAUACACAUCUCCAGCCUUGCAUCCUCAUUUUAUGCACCAAUGAGAGGCACAGGGCUACAAAGGGAGGGCAUUGUUUAAUGUCCACUUUGUCCAUGCCAUGUUUUUAUUUAAACCAGCAUAACAAUAUGGCUUUUAGUUGUUCACCUACACGUAGCUUCUAGCCCUACGCACCUUUUUCCCCCAUAUGGGAUCUAAAGCUCAUCAAAUGGUCAUAUGUACAAGGUGUUCAUGGACACAGAAUAUGUGCAAUAAGAGACAAAUCUAUCCUUUACAAGUAGUUGUGAGGUAAAAAUUGUAGUAGGGUCUUUGUUUGGGGGGGGGGGUUGUUUACCCUAUAUGCCAGCACUAGGAAAAUCUGUAAUUGCCUCCUGAAUGGGGUUGUUGGGUUUUUUUUGUGUGUGUGUGUGCUAAAUUGCUGUCAAAGCUCCUACACUCCCAAUGAUGUUAUUCCCAUUUGGUUUCUUCGGAGUGUAGAUGCUAGAGACAUUGAAACUGCCUUGAGGUAAAGAUCUAUUUGUGUCCUUCUAUGGAUCCAAAGAUGGCUGAAAUGACAACCUAAAAAAGUUGGGAUUAUGAGAGGGCAGAGGUAACACACAUAAGAGGGUAUGAAGGGCAUAUUUCUGACAGUUAAAUUCUACUCAUGCUGUGAUCCUUUGUAAAGGAUCUUUCCUUUUUGGGUUUUUAGAACCUACACUUAAUUUUCAGGCUUUCAUGACUUUUCAGGGGCAGUAUUUGACUUGUUUUAUUUAUUUUUGUAUUUAUUUUGUUCUUAUUUCUAAGCUUUAAAUGUCUCUCUGAAAUAUACAGGGACAGCAGGAAGAUCAUUUUAACUGUUCAGAGCUUCAGAUGACUGAUGUCACAUACAAUUUGCUGCAAUCAGGAGUAACUGCUUGAAUGAAUAAUUCGGCAUUAUGGGGGGGAAUACACAUUGUACUCCUAUAGAAAUGUGACAUAGCUGACAAAUAUUCUGUAUCAUGAGAUUCUCACUUCUGACAACCUGAAAAUGUUUCCUUUUAAAGCUUGCUGAUAAAUCUUCUUGAAUGUAAUAGUCCACAUCCUAAAAAAUUAAAUCGAUUACACGUUAGUAUAUAUGUCAUUCAUAAAAUAGGAGCAGUAUGGCCAUAUGUAUCUUCUGGAGAAAUAUAUGGGUAGUACUUAGUGUAAAUUUGUAGUUAGCAAACAUAAGAUUUGUAUCAUAUACAGAGCCUUUAAAACAUCUUAAUCCAAUCAAAAGAUGACUGACAUAACAAUAUUUAACCCGUGUUUUUAUACUGUUUUCUUCACUUUUUAGAGGUUUUCAGAAACUAAAAAAGCAGCAGAUAUUGUUGAUACUAUAACAGCAUUGCUGGUAAGCCAGGUUAGUUUGUCUCUGUAUAGACUGAAUCAGCCUUGCAGUUGUAGGAGGCGAAAAAUAUGACUUAUUUCCUUUGCCCUUUUGUUUAACUCAAACAUUUUCAUUCAACCAUUUUUCCUUUCAUGAUCCACUAGGCUGCUGUAAUAAGAUACUUUAUGCUUGCUCACUGUUCACCAGCACAUUUGAUUUUUGUUGAUGUUUAAUUGACAAGUAUGUGGAAAGAUGUAUAUCAUAACCAGUGCUAAUUGAUUGGUGAAUUUCCAUUGCUUUAUAACAAUAAAAAUAAUGUCCCUUUUUGUUUUUAUGAAGAUAAAAUACAAUCUAAAUUGUUUUAAAACCA